AUGCACAGGUUGUUAUCAAAUAAGGGUUAUAUCUUUCCUGAAGUCAAAGUGGAAGAUGCUGCAGUAUUGAAUCCAUCUGAUAAUUUAAAAUCUUUAGAAGAAUUGCAAAAAGAGGAAUCUAUAGUUCAUAGUGCUAAAUUGCAAGAAUUAAUUAGAAGAGGCAGACCACAAGAUUUACAAGAAGCUAACAAGUUAAUGAAGAUUAUGGCCGGUUUCAAAGAUGAUAAUAUCGAAGAAAACAAAAAGCAAGUUACUGAUGAUAUCGCAAGAUUAAAAAGAAAAGUUGAAAUCUUAGGAGAAAUGUUACAUAACAUUGAAGCAUCAUGUGCUAAGAUUGACGAUUCAAAUGAAGCUGUAAUUGAAUUAUAUUCUUCGGUCAAAAGUUCUCAGCCUAUUAUAACAAAGAUAAUCGAAGAACAUGAUGAUGAUGACAAGGUUAAUGAAUUGUUGGCAUUGAAUGAUAAUGUGAAUCAAUUGGUUCAAAAGUUCCAAUUAUUGAAAAGUGGUGACAUCAACGAGGCAUCUAAAAUUCAAGUUCAAAGCGGUAGCAAUAAUAAUGAUACCUUAAAUUUAAUUGAUUUUGAUGAUGACGCCCCAAUAAGCAAUGAUAAAUCUGGUCGUGAUGAUCAAGGCUAUAACGAUUUAUUAAGUGAUUUAUCCAAUUUACAAUUCACCAAUACCGGUGAUAAUACUAAUUCCAACUUAUUUGGGGCUGGUGGAUCAAUUGCUCUCAGUGGUAAUAUGCAAACUUCAAUUCAACAACCUUUGCCAACAAGUGGAAAUCUGAGUAAUUUCGAUAUAUUGUCUGGUUUAAAUUCUCCUUCACCUCAGCUUCAAUCAAAUACGACGAGCUCAGCAAAUAAUCAAUUAGAUCCUUUCGGGUUAAAUUUCCCAUCAUCAACGCCUAGCCAAGUUCAAAAUCAAAACUCCUUUAAAUCCACUAAUUUAAUUAACCAGUCAUCGAGUUUGAAGAUUGAGACUGGUAUAUUUAGUUCGUCCACCAGUACUAAUUUAUCAGGAAAAUUAUUGUUCAGUAAUUUGCAAUCUAAUCCAUUGACUAAUUUCAAGUUCAUGCUCGCUGUUCCGAAGAGCUGUAAAUUAAACUUGAAGCCACAGUCAAGCGACGUCAUUUAUGGAACUAAUCAACCAAGCGUGACUCAAGAAUUCUCGAUUGAAAACAACAUGAAUAAACAAUUGAAAGUCAAAUGGAAGGCUGAAUAUAAAAUCGGUAAUGAGCAUAAAGAGGAGAGCGGUGUUAGUCUCUUGAGUAAUUAG